AUGCCAAACUACGACUUCCCAACGGAGCCGGUCGCAGACGCUGAUGCAAUUAUUUCUGGUCCCAACUACCGCUUCACGAUAAUCAACGACGUCGUUCUGCGGUAUGAAUGGGCCGUAGAUGGCAUUUUCGAAGACCGCGCCUCAACUUUUGCCAUCAACCGGCGCUUCUCCCAUCGCCCGACUCCCGUCAUCAAAGACACCGAGGAUGGCCUUGAGAUCAUUACCCCCGCCAUCCAUCUUUACUACGACAAGAAGCGUUUCAGCCCGAACGGAUUCAUCAUCAAUCUCCAGGUUUCGACGAAUUUGUGGGGAACGGAAUGGCGAUACAGCCAUGGGCAAUCCAAUCUUGGAGGCACGGCGCGAACGCUGGAUGGAGUCGACGGCCGCUGUAACAUGGGCGCAGGCGUGCUCUCCAAGGAUGGAUUUUCAGUCAUCGACGACAGUGGGAGCAUGCUCUUCUCAGAUGAUGGCUUUGUGCAAACACGACGCCCUGGAGAUCGUGUGGAUGGGUAUUUCUUCGCAUACGGCCAGAACUUCAAGGGAGCUAUGCAGGCGUUUUUCGACAUCUCUGGACAUACACCACGGCUUCCCCGAUGGAGUUUGGGGAACUGGUGGAGUCGCUAUCACAGCUACACUGCUGAUUCGUAUCUCGCCUUGAUGGACGAGUUCCAGGAAGCCAAUAUUCCCCUGUCCGUUGCCGUCAUCGACAUGGAUUGGCAUCUCGUUCAUGAAAAAGAAGUGACACAUACUGGGUGGACAGGAUAUACCUGGAACAAGAGGCUUUUUCCGGACCCAGUCAAGUUCGCCGACGCUUUGCACGACCGAAAUCUCAAGAUGACUCUCAAUGACCACCCUCACGGCGGGGUUGGACCUCACGAAGAGCAAUACGAAAAAAUGGCUCGCUUUCUCGGCCAUGACACAUCUGACAAGACCACUAUUCUCUUUGAUCCCACGAACCCCAGGUACAUGGAAGGAUACUUUGGGAUUCUUCACAAGGCCCUGGAAGAAAAAGGCUGCGAUUUCUGGUGGAUUGACUGGCAGCAAGGCUCAAUCUCACGUAUCCCCGGAAUCGACCCUUUGUGGUUGCUGAAUCACUUCCAAUAUCUCGACACAAAGCAAAAGGCCGGCGCAAAAGACGCCCUGGUCUUUUCUCGCUAUGCAGGACCAGGAAGUCAUCGCUAUCCCAUUGGCUUCUCUGGAGAUAGUAUAGUUUCGUGGAGCUCUCUCGCCUUUCAGCCAGAGUUUACUGCUACGGCUUCAAACAUCGGGUAUGGGUGGUGGAGUCACGAUAUCGGCGGCCACGUUGGCGGCUCACGAGAUGACGAACUCGUCACCCGCUGGGUCCAACUCGGUGUCAUGUCGCCCAUCAUGCGGCUGCACUCGUCCAACAAUCAGUGGAUGUCCAAGGAGCCGUGGAACUAUCGCCGAGACGCAAACGAGGUCAUGAGCUUCUUCAUGAAGCUACGGCAUCGCCUGAUUCCCUACUUGUACACAGCCAACGUCAGCUUCGCCGAGGAUGACCAGCCGCUUGUGCAGCCGUUGUACUGGCAAUACCCAAAGUUUGGCGUGGCCUUCAGAUAUCCAAACGAGUACUUUUUUGGCCCAUCACUGCUCGUGGCGCCGAUUGUGCAACCUAUUGAUCAUCGGACGCAGCUCGCAGCCGUCAAGGUCUGGCUGCCUCCAUCAGCACCUCGCCACGUCGACAUCUUCACGGGAACUGUUUAUAACAGCGAUCGGGAGAUUGAAUUGUGGCGGACCUUGCGUGGGAUACCUGUGCUGGCGCCAGAGGGGUCUAUCAUCCCUCUUGAUGCUGCCGCGGAACCAGUCAAUGGCGGAGGCAACCCAGAUGAUUUCGAAUUGCUCGUCGUUGUGGGACGUGACGGAGAAUACACGAUUGUUGAAGAUCGACGCGACGACAACAGUUUGCAGCCGACUGAUGAACCUGAGUCGGUGGACUCCUCAAACAAACUGCGCUCCAUCCCGAUCAAGUGGCAUCAAGAGUCCGGAACCUUGACUGUCGAUGCGCCAGCAAGUCGUGGAUGGGCAGUGCGAUUCUUAUCUAUGAUUGAUAGAGAGAAUCUGUCGAGAAUCAAAGUGCACGUCAAUGAUUCCCCCGUCGUUAACGUCACUGUGGCCAUCGAUCCAAUCGGCCACCCAUUUCCCGGAACCGUCGUACAACUCCCCAAGGAUGCGCUGGAAUUCGGAGGAACGCUGACCGUCAAACUCGGAUCUGACCCGCAAUUGAGCGUUUCGAACUCUUCGGAAAAGAUGAGAUCGUUGUUGUUCGACUUUCAGAUCCCUUUCCAUUCGAAGGAUGACAUCUUGGGGAUCAUUCAAGCGCGCCAGCCUCUUGACAUGAAGCUUUAUAGAUUGCAAGCCCUCAACCUGGAGCACAAUAUCCUGGGGCCGAUCUUAGAAUUAUUGACUGCGGAUAGUCGGACAUGA